GUCUUGCCGGCGGGGGCGGGGGUGGGCGCGGGAAGGGGCUGUCGGCCCCGCGUAGCUGGCGCAGCCGCAGCCGCAGCGCCCUGGAUCCUUGCGGCUGUCGCAGCUGCGUCGGAGCCGCUUGGUCGAGGAGAGCCCGAGAAAUGUUACGGGACAUUUCUUCUGUUGCAAAGAACUCAAAAACACCACAGCAGGUCAGAAUGCUUUUAAUGGCACCGCAGAGGCUUUAGCCUGCAGGCAGUGGUAGCCAUAGCAACGUGGGCCCCACACAGCCAGUGAGAGUGGAGGCCAGGCUGGGCCAGGCCCGCUAGGCAUGCCAUUUCGGGAACAUGUGUACUACCCACUGGAUGCAGCCAUGGCCGCCCCGGCCCCAGCAGUGCCGACUUUCGGGUUUCGGGCACGGCAGGGCAGCCCAGACUGGCGGCGCCUAAGUGCGGUGGACGUGGAGCGGGUGGAGCGUGAGCGGGAUGUGGCACUGCUGCAGGAGCACCUGGCGCACAUCACCUUCUGCAGUGCGGAGCGGGAGUACUGCCCACACUGCCGUGGCCCUGCUGACCCGCUGCUGCUCAAGCUGCUGCGGCUGGCGCAGCUCGCCACAGAGUACCUGCUGCACUGCCAGGAUGGUCUGGCCACUCAACUCCACACCCUCGAACAAGCGCUGGAGGCAGCCCGGGCUGAGCGUGACCAGCUGGGUGAGGAGGCGGCACGGCAUGGGCAGGAGGUGCAGCGGCUGCAGGAGGAGUGCCGGCGGCGCAAAAGGAUGAUCAGUGCCCUGCAGAGGAUGCUGGAGGCUGGAGCCAGCUGCCACCAGUGUCGAUUUUGUGAGAAGGCUUUUAUGAACUAUUCUUUUCUACAAAGUCAUAUGCAGCGGCGCCAUCCAGAGGAAUCUCACACCGCAGAGCAAAAGAAGAAAGCACAGACAGAUAAAUUACAGGAUGAGAUCAAUAAGUUGAAGGAGCAGUUACAGCUCACCAAGUCUGAGCUAGAGGCCGAGCAACAUGCUAAUAUGGUCAGAUUUUCUAAGGAAUGUGAACAACAAAAAUCAAAAGAAGAAGAAAUACUGCAAGCAUUUUAUAAAUGGAAAGAGGAAGAAAAAGAAAAAUUGGCUAAUGAAAUAGAAAAAGUGAAAGAGAUGUUUAUGCAAGAAUUCAAAGAACUAGCUUCAAGAAAUGCAAGCUUAGAACAUCAGCUCUUAGAGUUACAGCAGUCCAAUAUGCAGCUGAAAUCCAAUCUAGGCACUUUAAAAGACAGCCAGGAAUUUACAGAAGAUAAAUCUCAGAGUACUCAGGAUUAUCAAAAUAUGAUGCGACUUCUUGAAAAACAGGAGAGUAAAUGGACUUCUAGAGUACAAGCCCUUCAUCAGGAGCAUGAAAAAGAAAAGGGCCAGCUUUUGUUGCAGCUUGAGAAGCUUAAAUCAUCAAUGACAGAGGAUCUGAAUAAAAGUAAUACCUUUUAUAAGAAGAGGAUAGAGGAGCUAGGGCAGAGACUUCAGGAACAGAAUGAGCUAAUUCUUACUCAGAAAAAGCAGAUAAGGGAAUUAUCCACUAAAUCAGUAGCAAAUAUCAAACCAUAUGAUGUGAGCAGUCUGGCACAUCAAGUAGCAGAACCUAAAUCAAGUCUACCAGGUAUGCAUGAAAUAGAGAAAGGCGAUCACAAAAUAGGCAGAAGUAACCAGCAUUUAAUAAGCGCUUUGAAAACGCAUCCUUCAUUAACUAAAGAAUUACGAGCUGUUUUGGAGCAGGCCCUGGAGGAAAAGUUGGAAUCCUUGGGAAUUAAAAUGGGUGUUCGUGGUAUCCCAAGUGACCAUUUAAAUAGAAUUUUACUUGCUAUUGAAUCUGCUAGAGAAGAGAAAGAGAAACGGAUGCCUGACAUGCAACUAAUCCGGGAAAGCCUUGAACGUCAGAUCAGCUUCAGAAUUGAAGAGAGGUCAUCAUCAUCUUGUAGUAGACUUGUUUCCAUCCCCCAUCGUUCUUCAGAAGAUAAACAGAUGUUGAUUCAAUUAGGAACUACCUUAUCAACAUCGUUAGAAAAACCUGUAAAAUGGACUUCUAAAACUGUACGCCCAGCUGGACAAAAAAUGUCUGUUGCUGAAAACACAUCUACACCAAAACCCAGGAAGCAUGUUUUUAUAGAUGGAGUUUCCAGAAGAACAUCUAGCAUUGCAACACCUCCAUUCAGUUCAGAGGAUGAAGUGGAUGAUGAUGAUGAUGAUAUUACGCAGUCUUACAUAUCACCAGAACUUUUACAGACAAAACUGUCCAGCAGCAGUGUAUCUAACUGUGGCAUGACCACAGACAAAAGUGCUAUAGACUGGAUAGAAGACAGUGAAAAGGAGGAGGAGGAGAUUGAAAUGCCUUUAAAACCCUCCAAAGGUGCAAUUAUCCAAAAACUGACUGAACAAGUUGAAAAGACUCUUUCUAACCAUGGAAAUAAAAAUAAACCACCUGGAGGGCUUAAUGUUGCAGAAGCAUUUGUUAAAAAAGAUGACAUACAAGAACUGAAGUUCACAGAAGUUGAUGAUGAUGACUGGGAUAUAUCCUCUGUUGAAGAAGAAAGUUUAUUGGCAAAAGAUGAAAGAGGUCAGAAGGGAACUGCAAUUCAAAAAAAUAAUGGACCCAGUACUAUAUCAAUGGUUCAGGCCUGGGGUGCUCCUAAGGCGAAUAUGACAAAGGAGGAAGGACUUCAUGAUGCUGAUACAACAAGCACAUUAAAAAGCAGCUUAGUCACUGUAACCGACUGGAGCAAUUCUUCAGAUCUGUAACUAUUGCAUUCUAAAUGGGAGGAGAUUCUGUUAUUGAUUUUAUUCAGGUUAAAUAUCUUGUCUUAAACAGGGCUGUCCAACUUCUAAGCAGUCACAGGCCACACUGGUUGGGGCCACCUGACCCAGGGACUGCACUAGUGUGAGCCACAGGCCCCUGGGUAGCACCUCCCACCCGCUGCUGAACCUCUUCCCCACAUAGACACCAAUGAACUGCAUAGGCAGGCAGCUCCCUCCUCAGCUCCCUUGCUGCACUGCACCAGAGCACUUCCAGUGCUUGGGGCUGUACUGCCCCACCUUGUCCCCUGGGGCAGGAGCAGGAACCAAAAGCUGACUUAGAGAGGGGGAAUAGCAGCAGCAACCAGGGUAAUAGGGGAAGUGCUGGCUGGGCCUAGGGGCCACGAUCAACCCCUCACAGCUGGACAGUCCUGGUCUAAAAGAUUCUGACUCCUGGGUUUUCUUUGUAUUUUACAUUAACAACCAGGAAGACUUGUUUAAGAGAAUAUGAUGGUGUUUAACCUUGAAUUGUAUGGAAGGAUGUUUAAAUAUAUGCGACUAGUCCUCACAGUUUAGAAACGGGAGAAAUUCUUGGCCUUGUUGGCUCCUGUGCAGAAUUUCCAUUGUAUUAAUUGGGCCAAGCAUUCACUUCUAAUGUUUGCUUUUAAGACCAGCUGUUAAAGAAGCCCAGAAGUAUUAGCCAAUAGGCAGUUUAUUGCAGUGUUACUAGAUCAGUAUUUUAAAGCAUUUCUAAAAUGUAUUUUUUGUAUUUUGUCCCAAGCUUUAUAUUAAAAUGUAAGUAUUUUAAAUAAAGUAUUUCUUAAAAUUAAAAUGUUAACAUUUUCCAACAUGGUUUCCAGUGAGCAUCAAAAGCUGAAAAAUGACAGUUUACAGAGUUGUUUCUAGAGUAUGCCUUAAAACUCAGUAUUGGGAAGGUGUUUCUGCUUUAGUUGUUAGAAUAGGUUUUUAAUGUGUAUUCACAGUAAAAUAAAAUUUGGAAAAAUAUAACAGGACAACUCAAACUAGAGCAAGAAUGGUAUGUGUGGCAUGGAACACUUUUUUGUUUUUAUAUUGUAUUCAGUUGUACUAAUUUACUGUUAUUAGCUGCCUUCAUUUAAUAAAGACUUAACUGUUUAAAACUUAAAUAGAUAAAAGCACUAAAUUAAAAGAAAAACUUUUGUGAUCA